AUGAAUAUAUCAUCUUCUCCAAACCCUGACAGUCCCCUUGCUGCAUCUACUAAUUCCCCCAGUAUGCCACCUCUCACCUCUGAUGUCUCUGACAAUGGUAGCUUCAACCAUGCUCCCAAUCUACAGCUAUUAGCUGACAUCAGCAAGUAUGUUACCACGUCAGAAGUGCAUAGCAGUGACCCCCAGGAGUUUGUAGUCUACAGUGACAACAUAAUCCAGCGACCCUCCAAUGAUGUCACCCGAUACUGGCAAUCCAUUCCCUUCAACACCUCUACCCCAGUUCAGGAUGUCAACCCCUUGGAACACGUAUUACCCUACUUUCCUGGAGCCUACACUACCACCGUCACUUGGCCUCCUAUGGGCGUCCCCAUUGAUGGCAAUCCUGUGUUUGGAUUACGAUGGGUCUCGACAACUGCAGCAGAUGUACUUCAUACCGCAGAACCUGUAGAAAAUUGGAACUCUUUGGACAAGGAAUGGGAGGAGGACACUUGGGAGUACUUGCUGACACGAGAUGAUAAUCUGUUGGAAAGCCUUUGGGCAUCGCUGCAGGACAUCAAGGACCCUGGCAUGGCUGAUGAAGUCGAUUGCUUCAGGGCUGUUGAUGCCAAGAUAGACCUCCUACUUGCCACAAGAUGA